UAAACAAACACGAAGUCUGAAAGUGGGAUAUUAACAGUAGUUCCGAGACCUGUCGUAACCUGGCGCAUGUGUAUAAAGGACUAUCCAAUCAGUGUGCCGUCAACGUCCCUGUCGAUUGGGAAAUGUAGUUCCGCAUAUCGACCGGCUUCUUUUGUAGUCAAAACGUACUACGUAAAUGCAGGGACCAACCGUAACGUCUCAUUAAAGGUCGUUGUCCUUUUGUGCAAUGUCAACGUUUAACAAAGCAUGACUUCGGACUUAGAGAAAACUGCACACUGUUGUGUUACGUCUUGCAUUUAUUAUUUGAAUGUCCACAUAUCGGUUUGUGUGAAACAGAAGACACAAUGGCUCCUUUGCAGGAAAACUCGCAGUGGCCCCGAGUAUCAAAGUUCACACUGUCUGCAUGUGCUGCAACUGUUGCAGAAUUAGUAACGUAUCCCCUGGACCUUACCAAAACCAGGCUUCAGAUACAGGGUGAAGGUGGUACCCAACAGAAUGGUGGCAGUAGGCAUACUCAACCCAAAUACAGAGGCAUGCUAAGCACAGCUGUGGGUAUAGUGCGUGAAGAGGGACCCUUCAAAUUAUGGCAGGGGGUCACACCAGCUAUCUAUAGGCAUAUAGUUUAUUCUGGAGGAAGGAUGUUGGCCUACGAACAACUCAGGGAGUCUGUUUUGGGAAGGUCUGAAGAUGGAAGCUUUCCAUUUUGGAAAGCAGUGAUUGGCAGUAUGAUAUCGGGUGCCUUGGGCCAGUUCAUUGCUAGUCCGACAGAUCUAGUGAAGGUUCAGAUGCAAAUGGAGGGCAUGCAUCGCCUAGAAGGGAAGCCUCCAAGGGUACUUGGGGUCUACCAUGCUUUUACGAAGAUUGUUACAGAAGGAGGAAUAAGGGGCCUUUGGGCUGGAUGGGUGCCCAAUGUUCAGAGAGCUGCUCUGGUUAAUUUAGGAGACCUGAUGACCUAUGAUACAGUAAAGCAUUUUCUACUGAGCAACACAUCCAUACAGGACAACAUGCUUUGUCAUGGAUUGUCAAGCAUAUGCUCUGGAUUGGUUGCAGCAACUAUGGGAACACCAGCUGAUGUUGUAAAAACUCGAGUAAUGAAUCAGCCACGGGAUUUAAAUGGAAGGGGUCUUAUUUACAAGUCUUCUAUGGACUGUCUGGUUCAAUCAGUGAGAGUAGAAGGUCUUUUAUCGCUUUAUAAAGGAUUUCUACCGACCUGGUUUAGAAUGGCUCCCUGGUCUUUAACCUUCUGGCUAACAUUUGAGCAAAUGAGACGAGCAAUGGGCUUGAGCUCAUUUUAAUGAAUGUAAAAGUUGAGUAAAAAAAAAAAUGGCAGAAUAAAACUCGGUAUUAUUUUACUGAACCUAAGAACUAAAUAUUUAUGUCUACUUAGGACUAUGUGUGAAUUCACUUAUAUUUACAGACACGCACGCAUUCAAGGACACCGGAACAAAAAUGUUAAUUGUCAUUUUAUAUCAACACAUAUUGAUAUAUACUAUGUCAAGCCUCAAUUAGGAUUAAAGAAAAUAAAAGUGGAACUGUUUGUCUUGGAUGCUAAUCUUUUCAUUUAAUACUUUUUAUUGAAAGUUUAUGUAGAAUGCGCUGAUCUAGUGGUAUGUUUAAUGGUUUGUUAUGGUUAACGUUGUGUCCAUGUAGCUGCGUUUGUAGCCAAAACAUUUUUACAAAUGCUGAUUUUUUUCUUAACUUUCUUUGAACCCCUUUAAUAACAACAUAAAAAAAUGUGCACACACGUAAUCCAAACACUAGAGGUCGUCUUGUCCCUAAACAAGAUUUCAUUGACAACGUCAUUUCCUAUCUAAGGACUUUCACGUGUA